GCCACCCAAUCCCUACAGGAACUUUGCGCGCGCCGAUGGACAGGCUACCGGGCCAAUCGCCUUCUUCAGCCCCACGAGCCUCCCCGAUCAAUCCCACCCUUCCUUCGUUCAUGUGGUGGGACUCGCCCCGGGCUCCGUUCCGACGGCUGAUGGGGGAUCGAACUGGUGGGAGCCGAGGAGGAAAAAGGUCAAGGAGCAGGACUUCCUGGAGAACUCGCAGAUAUCGUCCAUCGAUUUCCUGCAGACCGGGUCGGUGUCCACUGGCCUGGGGUUGUCAUUGGAUGAUCGGAGGGUGGCGGCUUCCUCUGGGGAUUCGUCGCUACUCCUUCUUCCUAUGAUUGAUGAUGACAUUGAUCGAGAGAUUGAGAGGAUGGAUGCUGAGAUAGACCGCUUCAUCAAGAUCGAGGUGGAACGUCUGAGGCAAUCAAUAUUGGAGAAGCUUCAGGCAAAACAAUUCCAGACAUUGGCUAAUGUUGAGGACAGCAUCCACAGGAAAAUACGAGAAAAAGAAGCAGAAGUCGAGGAGAUCAAUAAGCGGAACAUGGAGCUUGAGGAACAGAUGAAACAGUUAGCCAUGGAUGUUGGUGCAAUGCAGCAUCGUGCCAAGUACAACGAGAAUAUGAUUACUCACCUCAAGUAUAGUCUCGAUCAGGUGUAUGCCCAGAGGAGGGACAACAAAGAAGGGUGUGGUGAUAGUGAGGUAGAUGACACAGCCUCUUGCUGCAAUGGUGGGGUCAUCAAUUUUCAGCUUACGUGCAAGGAGAACAAGAAUUUGAAGGAGUCGAUGGCUUGUAAGAUAUGCAGAGUCAAUGAAGCAUGCAUGCUUUUGUUGCCCUGCCGACAUCUUUGCUUGUGCAAGGAGUGUGAGAAUAAGCUCAGUUUCUGCCCUCUGUGUCAGUCCUCAAAGUUUAUUGGCAUGGAGAUUUAUAUGUAAUGAUAAUAUUGUUACAAUGGAAAUCCAUUUCAUCCAUUAGCUAUACCCUUAAUCAUAAUUGACUGCUUGCUGUGAAUAUCUGUGAGACUCAAAGAACUUUCAAUGAAUAUGCGAUACAUGUACCAUUUCUUCAAUUUUAAUGUCAUACUGUAAUGUGCUUUA